CUUGGCCACGGAGUCUGCGCGCAGCGACAAGCCCGGCGGUCCAGACUUCAUCUCGUUGUCCGCCUGCCUGACCAGCCGUCUGUCUGACUGUUCUGCGGCACCGCGAUCAUCUAGACGGAGCGAGGGUUCAGGCGGCGGCGGCCUAGACAGGGUCUCAAUGGAGCCCUGGAUGCACAGUGCCUACCCUCAUCUGCCUGGGCCUCAGUUUCCACAUCCAUGCAAUGGAGAUGAGUGUUCUUGCCCUGCUGGCCUCCGGGAGCAGCUGUGAGUUGGUGCCGGGCGAGGUGGAUGCCAGUAGGAAGCCCUAGGGUGCUCUCACAGGCCCGGCCUUCACCAUGGCUGGAGGGAGGCCUCACCUGAAGCGGAGCCUCUCCAUCAUCCCCUGCUUUGUCUUUGUGGAGUCUGUAUUGCUGGGCAUCGUGGUCCUGCUUGCCUACCGCCUGGAGUUCACGGACACCUUCCCUGUGCACACCCAGGGCUUCUUCUGCUAUGACAGCGCAUAUGCCAAGCCGUACCCCGGGCCUGAGGCUGCUAGCCGGGCGCCCCCUGCCCUCAUCUAUGCCCUGGUCACUGCUGGGCCCACCUUUACGAUCCUGCUGGGGGAGCUGGCACGUGCCUUCUUCCCUGCCCCACCGUCCAGCCGUCCUGUCAGCGGGGAGAGCACCAUUGUGUCAGGGGCCUGCUGCCGCUUCAGCCCCCCACUGCGGAGGCUGGUCCGUUUCCUGGGCGUGUACUCUUUUGGCCUCUUCACCACGACCAUCUUUGCAAAUGCGGGACAGGUGGUGACCGGUAACCCCACACCUCACUUCCUGUCGGUGUGUCGCCCCAACUACACGGCCCUGGGCUGCCCACCACCGUCCCCCGACCGACCAGGGCCUGACCGCUUCGUCACGGACCAGAGCGCCUGUGCAGGCAGCCCCAGCUUGGUGGCCGCCGCCCGUCGCGCCUUCCCCUGCAAGGACGCGGCCCUGUGCGCCUACGCGGUCACCUACACUGCGAUGUACGUGACCCUCGUGUUCCGCGUGAAGGGCUCCCGCCUGGUGAAACCUUCCCUUUGCCUGGCCCUGCUGUGCCCCGCCUUCCUGGUGGGCGUGGUCCGCGUGGCCGAGUACCGCAACCACUGGUCAGACGUGCUGGCUGGCUUUCUCACGGGAGCGGCCAUCGCCACCUUUCUGGUCACCUGUGUUGUGCACAACUUUCAGAGCCGACCCCCCUCUGGCCGAAGGCUCUCCCCCUGGGAGGACCUGAGCCAGGCCCCCACCAUGGACAGCCCCCUCGAAAAGUUAAGUGUGGCCCAGGAACCCGAGACCUGCAGGCCGCAUUCGACACCGGCGCGGCUCACCCCAUCCAAGCCGCAGAACUGUGCCCGCCGUGGCCACCUGAUCCCCAGCUGCGUGUCCUCCCGGGCCCCAGCGAUGUGCUCCUCGCCCCGUGUGCCCCGCCCUCGACUGAGGUCUGAGCCAACACCCCUGCCUCUGCCGCUGCCCCUGCCCGCACCGACUCCCAGCCAGGGUCCCUCGCCCUCCUCCCCCGGCCCCGGGGGCCCGGGCGGGGGAGGUGGGCGCGGCCGGAAGCUGCUGCUGCCCACGCCCCUGCUGCGGGACCUGUACACCCUCAGUGGACUCCACCCCUCCCCCUUCCACCGCGACAACUUCAGCCCCUACCUGUUUGCCAGCCGCGACCACCUGCUGUGAGAUCCACCACCUCCGACCUACCCAGUGUCCCCCUCCCACCCCCCAGCCACGCGUGCGUGUGCCACGUGAGUGCUAACGGCCCCUGCCCUCCAAACCAGCCAGGCCAGCUGUCAAAAGAUGGCUGGAAGGACACCUCGAGGGGGGGAAUCUCUUGGCUGCUCUUUGGCCUUCUGGGACGUCCGGGUCGGCAGACAACCAGGUGGUCCCAUGUCCCUAGGAUUACCCUUUACAGUGGCUGAUGCUUGGCCCAACCGGCCGUGGCCUAGCCAACGAGAGCUCCGAGUUCUCAGAAUUCAACCCAAAAGUUUACAAAAAUGUAUGGGAGCCUCUUACUUCUUAGCCUCCUCAAGCAAGAUGAGGCAGCUCUGGCCAGUGUUCAGCCAAUAGGAGCCCUUGGCUUUUGGAAAUGCGGAUGGAGGGUGGGAAUGAUUCCAGUCAAUGGCGGACCGCCCGUGACAAGCCAAGGAGGGCUAGCAUCCAGACUCUCCCCAGGAUCCCGGAGUCCAGCUGGAGGGUGGGGGGCAGGCUCCCCCAUAGCAGCGUCCUGCAGCACCCCCUCCCCUCUCCCCAGAUGCACCACCUCACACCCUCCGACUCCCUACUUAAGGAGGGCUGGCCCCAGUUCACAGGUUUUGGAGCUCCGGGUGCUGUCCCCCUUGGCUGUGCCCAGGGCACCCCCAAACCUUCUAUUAUUUAUUAGGGCUGUGGAAAAAAAAAAGACUUUAUUUUUUUGGGCCCUGUCCUCCUCCUUCACACUGCCCCCUAUGCCUCAGCCUCACUGCAGUUGUGCCAUUUUGGGGGGCGCGGGUAGAGCAGAAGGGGGUUACCCUACCCUGAGCAGCCAAAGGCAGUGGGCAGACGAGACACUGUCCCCCUUCCCUGCCCUCCUCCUCAUCUUUAAUAAAGACCUGUUUGUAACAGAA